CAGGGUCCCCAGCUCAUGCCAGCCUCGUCUCCCUUGCCAGCCCCCAGAGGGCCACCGGGAGACAUGGGGGGGGGCCCGGCCCGAGAGCCGGCGCUCUCAGUCGCCCUCUGGUUGAGUUGGGGGGCGGCUCUAGGGGCUGUGGCGUGUGCCAUGGCCCUGCUGACCCAGCAGACAGAGCUGCAAAAUCUAAGGAGAGAGGUGACUCGGCUGCAGAGGACUGGAGGGCCCUGCAAGGAGGAAGAAGGGCAUCCGUGGCCGAGCCUCCGGGAGCAGAGCCCUGACGCCCUGGAAGCCUGGGAGAAUGGGGAGAGGUCCCGGAGAAAGAGAGCAGUGCUCACCCAUAAACAGAAGAAGAAGGCACUCCGUUCUGCACCUUGUCCCCUCAACAUCACCUCGAAGGAGGACUCUGAUGUGACAGAGGUGAUCUGGCAACCAGCUCUUAAGCGUGGGAGAAGCCUGGAGGCUCAAGGAUACGUUGUUCGAGUCUGGGACACUGGUUAUCUGCUGUAUAGCCAGGUCCUGUUCCACGAUGUGACUUUCACCAUGGGUCAGGUGGUGUCCCGGGAGGGCCGGGGAAGGCAGGAGACGCUAUUCCGUUGUAUACGAAGUAUGCCUUCCAAUCCGGACUGGGCCUAUAGUUGCUACAGUGCAGGUGUCUUCCACCUACCCAAGGGAUAUUCUGAUGUCACAAUCCCCCGGGGAAGGGCGAAGCUUAGCCUCUCGCCAUCUGGAACCUUCCUGGGCUUUGUGAAACUGUGAUUUUGAGGUGGUCUCAAGCUCGAAGACUGGGGUGGGGACAUACUGGAGGCAGCCAAGAGCUAACAGGAACAGAGGCCUCUUCUAGGGUUGACUGGAACCCUGGUUUGACGACUCACGAAUCUCCGUGCCUCCCUUUUCCCUUUCCACCCCUAUCACCUUGGACUUCGACUUCACGGAUAUUAAAGAAGUGUAAAUCUCUUGCUCUCGUCCCCCA